AUCAUCUAAAAUGAUGUUCAAAAAUUCAUCAAAAUCCUUUCUCGUCUUCAUUGGAUUUGUUAUUUCUUCAGUGUAUACUGGAUUAAUACCUAAGCCUCAGCCUAAGAACACAGAACUUGAUGAUGUUAAUGAGAUUGAACCAUAUUAUUGUUGGAAUUACAUAAAUUGCUUUGCUGAUGCUGUGGAACACAAACAAAUUGAGAACUGUAUGGAUUCUCUGGACAACGAGGAUUUACAGCUUGCAUUGGAAAAAAUUCCUGAAGCUAGAAAUGUUACAACAGCUUAUCCUAAUAUCUACAGUGCAAUAGAAAAGCUAUAUUGUAUACAGGAUGAUGAGUUUAGAAGCAAAAUUUACUAUGAUAUUAGUCAACAAAGUAUUCUUAUAUCUACGGUAGGAUGUGAGAAACGAUAUUCUAAGAAAGUCUGUGAUCAUUUUUUUGAGGCACUGGAUUGCGCUUUAUCACUGUUCGCAAAACUUUCUGAAGAAAAGAAAUGUGUCAAACAUUGAGACAUAAUAAAUAAUUACGCUGAUCCAAGAAUUCAUUUGGAGAAACAAAAUGUGUAAAAAAGUAUCGAAUUAAAUAAACUUGAAGCAUGUGA